AUAGUGUACCAGAAAGUGGUCAUUGCAGCAUGGAGUAUCUCAAAGUCCGAAGCCAUACAUCUGUAUAUUUGAGAGCUGUGAUUUAAAGAUGUUCUCUGAUCGAGAUGAAUUGCUUAUUCACGAGCUUGGACACUACCAAAACUGGCAGUGCUACUUCUGCGAAGAAAAUCGCAAUUUCCAACAGCAUGAGGAAUAUCAAAUUCACUUGGAGUCGACACACCCACAAACCCUCGCAAUCUCAGAGCUCUCAGCAAUCCUAGAAUUAAGCCAGCAUACUAUCGAUGACCUGGACACCGCCGACUGUCCGUUCUGUGAUGAUUGGGAGUAGCAACUGCCAGCUAUGAAGCACGAUAACACAAUGGGCUUCAGUGUUGGACUAGCUGAAUUCCAGCAGCAUGUGAGCGACCACAUGGAGCAAUUGGCCCUCUCUGCUUUUUCUAGCUCCCACACUAGAACAUCCGGUGACUUUGAUAAUGUCGCCGCUAUAGUUGACUCGAAACGUGCUUCUCUGGUACAGGAGUCACCAGGCACUUCGGGGGAAGCUACAGUCUUAUAUUUGGCCCAAUCAGAAUCCGUGGAGCAUAAAGAUAGCCAUUUCGACGUUCCAGCUCCUUCAAUGCCAAUAACGUCUGAUCGCGCUGCCCGAGAUAUUUUCCUCCAACAAGCGCGAAAGGGAGACGAACACAUUGAGCAAAGGAGUCAGCACAACAAAGUUCGAAGAAGCACCGAAGAUAUCCUACUCGACAAAGGGAAGAGAAUUGAGAACGAAACUCUACAGACGAGAAAACCCGUCGCUUCAUCAAAAAGUAACAAAGCUGUAUCUGGGAUGAGCUCUAGAGCUAUGGUUGUUCCAGCCACAGUCAGAAGCAAAAUAACCGUGGUGAACGGCACGUUCGAACUAGACAGCAAUUACACGCUUAGUGCAGUCGACGAGGACUUGCAAGUUUGCCUUGCUCUUCUAGCAAGCGUAGAACAAGAUCUCCUGUCCGCAAAACGACAGCUCUGGAGCCGGAGAACCAAUCAACAAACCCAAAUUUCUACUAUAGAUCUCGAGUAUCUCGAGCGGUGUAUCGAAAGGUCAGAUCAAGCAGCACUUUAUCUAGGCAAGCUUAUUCGAGGCUACGGUACUAGCAGUACUGAUCGUGGAAUUUCAACUCCAAGUCGAUUCAAAUGGGUUUUGCAAGGUAAAUACAAAUCUGCAAAUCGCGCAGAAGUAUUGAGAAUAGCGCAUACUAGUCUUGUAAGAGCGAUACAACGCAUGGGCAACGUCACUCCUUUUAUGAAGAGUCAGCCAGACGAAGAACAUAUCAAUCAAAGUAUUCCUCUAAGUAGCAUGCGAGAUGAGGAUCCAAGAGAAGCAUUAUUGAAAUAUGCAGAAUUGGCGAAGAAGGAUCCGCUGUUCACGAACGCAUGGAAGGAUACCCAGCCUGCUACUCAAUAUAGAGAUUUGAGUGACGAGGAAGAGGACGAUGGACCGGAUAAGAAAAAUCCAAUCACGUCUCAACUCGACUAUCCUCCUCCUCCUCCGCCUUACAACCCCCCAUCAUAUCUGGAAUCCUACUCUUACUUGGGACCUCAGACACAGACGAAGAUUUUGAGAAGUCCAAGUCAACAGCGCGCUCUCAAAGGCAAAAGCUCACUGCUUUUACGACCCGAGGAUAGGGUCCAAGAUAGGGCUCUCGAAAACGUGACAGUCUCCGAAGCGUUUCAAUCAAGUCAAACGUUGCUUGAACCUUCAUCAAAGAGUAUCCCAAGAGAACGGGACCUGAGUCGACCCAUGAGUAGGGAGAGAUAUGGAUCGAAAAUAGACUCUGUAGAGGAAGAGUCUGAACUUGGAGAGUACAUUGGAGGCUACUGAAUAUUGGAAACGCGAUUGCAAUUCAAACUUAUAAUUGUUUUGGCAUUGCUUGCUUUUGGAUUUGCACAAACAGGAGUCGUUGACACAAGACCUCCAUAGAUGCCACUUGGA